CAUCGAACAAAGCUCAUCCCUUUCAUCAUCGUAUCUACACACACACGUACACAUGUCUAUACAUACACAACACAGAGGACACACACCAUCGCGUUGAAGUUAAAUCGUUGUCGCGUCAACCAAACGACACGAGAUGUCCGUGCUUGGUCACUUUUGCCAGUUACCGAAAUAAAAGAGAAUAAAAGAAUAAUGGCGGAAUCGUUGAAAAUUUCAUUGUCGUCAGUCGCAAGUCAGUGUAACAAAUUUAUGGGGAAAGGGAUGCUAUUUUAAAAAUAAUAAUGUAUAAUCUUCACCACUCGCGCUGACGGUCGAGGAAAGAGAGAGUGAUAGAUAGAAUGAUAGUGGGAGAGCAAGAGAGAAAGCGAGAGAAAAGAUGCGAGCGGUCGAGAGGGCAGGAGCCAGCAGAGAAAUUUUCAAACGUAUUUUAUUGAAUCGCGUGGCUGAUAGGAAUAAAUAUGUGCAUACUGGCAUACGCGCGUAUCAAGCGGACGAAUCGAUAAUACGAAAAAAUGUUGAAACACAAAAAAAAACAAACAAAAAAAAAAUGAAACGAUAACACACGUUGCUAAAGAGAAACACAGAACGAAAAUAAUAGAACGAGAUUACACGUAAACAAGACGAGAAAUUGAUAAAAAAUGAUAGUAGUCGUGGAUUUGAACGGCGGCGCGCAUUAUUAUGUAUGUCAUCCAAAUGAUAAUCCUACCCU